ACCGUUCCGCGCUCCGCUCCGCCGGACACGGCACGGCUCCGCCCCGCACGGGAAGCGAACAAGGAUUGUUCUGGCUGCCCUUUGGAGCUGGGAGUGCUCCUUUCCCGCCGCCAUUGCUUCUUCGUCCUGAGCGUCCUUCCCGAGCGGGGUUGCGGCUCCCGCCGGAGGUGCCUGUGGCCGGCUUUUAGGGAGCGAUGACGACGGUGCGGAGAGAGGCGUUCGGGCGGAUGCCCCCGGAGAAGGGAGGCGAAGAGGUGGAGAAGUUCGUCCUACAGUCGGACAGCGUGAGAGUGGAGAUCCUGUCUUUUGGGUGCAUCAUCACCACUCUGGAGACAAAAGACAGGGAUGGGAAGUUUUCAGAUAUUGUCCUAGGAUUUGACACUUUAGAAGGUUACACAGGGAAGCACCCGUUCUUUGGUACUGUCGUGGGCCGCGUUGCCAACAGGAUUGCAAACGGGAAGUUCAGUGUGGACGGGAAGGAGUAUCAGCUGUUCAUCAACAACGGGCCCAACAGCCUGCAUGGGGGAGCCAAGGGAUUUGACAAGGUUCUCUGGAGCGCCGAGGUGCUCCCAAAUGGCGUCCGCUUCUUCCGGCUCAGCCCCGACGGUGAGGAAGGCUACCCUGGUGACCUGAAAGUCUGGGUCACUUACACCCUUAGUGGCAGGGAGCUGGCCAUCAAGUACCAGGCCCAGACCAGCAAGACAACCCCCAUCAGCCUGACAAACCACUCCUACUUCAACCUGGCAGGGCAGGGCUCCCGGGAUAUCUAUGACCACCAGAUCUCCAUUGAAGCAGAUUCCUACCUGCCUGUGGAUGACACCCAGAUCCCUACUGGGGAGGUGGCCGCUGUGCAGGGCACUGGAUUUGAUCUCCGGCAGCCUGUGGAGCUGGGCAAGCACUUGCAGAAGUUUCACCUGGAUGGCUUUGACCACAAUUUCUGCCUGCAUCAGGGGCAGGAUCGACGCCUUGUGGCCAGGGUUUUCCACCCGCCCACCGGCAGGACCAUGGAGGUUCACACCACCCAGCCUGGUAUCCAGUUUUACACUGGGAACUUCCUGGAUGGCUCCCUGAAGGGCAAAGGUGCUGCCACAUACCCCAAGCACUCGGCUUUCUGCCUGGAAACCCAGAACUGGCCCGAUGCUGUUAACAAGCCUCACUUCCCCAAUGCCCUACUCCAUCCGGGUGAGGAAUACAACCACACCACGUGGCUCGUGUUCAACACUGCUUGAGGAGAAGGGCUGCUGACUCCCAGCACUAAGAGGGGAACCCGACCGGGACCGGCGGGGAGACACGGACCUAGACCUACGAGGAGACACGGACCUGGACCUACGAUAGGAAGCUGACCUGGACCUGCAGAGAAAGCAAUUCCAAGAGUCGUUCAAGUGUAGCUUUUUCUAGGCAAAAGAAGGAAACAGGAGUAAAAGACAAACUCAAACACACCUCCUACCACGGCUGCGGCUGCGUGACCGGGAAUACCUUCUCCCUCGGGACCUCGAGCGGGAUCUAGACCGGGACCUGGGUUUAGGUUAGAAAAAACAGGUAUCAGCAGACAGCUGCAGCAACCCGCACGUGUGAGGCCCUGCUGAAGUCAAAACUUUUUUCAGACAACUAAAGAACUAGCAUCUGUCAGUUGGAAAAAUGUCUGGGCCUACUUGUCUUGAGCAUUUUUACUACCUAGAAAAAUGUUAAAAGCUGAAUUACAUUGCAGAAUUACAUUAGAAUAGAAAACACUGUAAUGCGUAUUUAAAAUAAACCUUGCAAGUUUGCAGGUCGACCCUCUUUGGCCCAAGGUCUAGCAGAUCUAGACGAUCUAGAAGUAUCUAUAGGCGAGCGCUGCAUCUAGGUAGGUGUUCUCUUCAAUCUAACGACGAUCAAACUGACAGCCCAAUGAGCCAGGGUGAGGCUUGAUUGACGCAAGAAGAUUUUUCUAGGUGGGAAUGUGGUCAAUCUGGUGUUCCUCUUUCUAAACCGGAGGGGGGCCCCAAUUGAAAGCCAAAUUUACUGUUACGGCGGUCACCGUCUCAAAUUUUCUGCCCUUAAAGAAUAAGGUGAAGCUACGUGUAGAUGGCUCGAGGGGAUCUGGCCUCUUAUGCUGAUCACCUCAAGGUCUAGGAGGAUCUUAAGUGUCGGAUUUGCAAGGCGCCUCAGCAUGAAAUCUUAAGGCUCGUGACAUUCUGAAUCAAGGCGACUGACUCAAACGAAGAAACCUGAAAGGUUUUGACCAGGUUGAUUAUUAAAAUAGUAACAUUUGAUAGA